GACCAGUGGGCAAGGAGAGUAUUUUUAGGAUGUCAAUGAGAGAGGCCGGAGGGGCGGGGCUCGGCCCACUGUCCUAGACUGAGCCAACGGUGUGCUCCUCUGGACCCAGCUGCCUGUAACCCCCAGCCUGCUUCAUGCCCUCCAUCAAGCUGUGGGGACCCAGAAUGGAGAACUUUGAGUACAGCAUCCAGCUGAGCGACAAGGACUGGGCCGACUUCUCGGCGGCCGCGGAGGAGUGCGGCCUUCUGCAGGCGGCUCUGGCUUCGGGGGACGAGCCCCUCUCCAGCGACAUUGAGCAGGGGGACAGCAGCGGCAGCAGUCCCCCCGGGCCUCCCCCCCCACGGCUCCUCCGGGUGCGAGCAGGCAGCCCCCCGGCCGAGGACCUGCUGGCGGUCCUGAGCAGGCGGCCCUUGGCCGCCGCCCAGGGGGGCUGCUCUGGCAGGGAGGAGGAGGAGGGCCCAGAUGCCCGCCUGGUCAGCAGGUUUCGGUGUGAGCGUGUCCUGGCCCCGGGGGCUGGUCAGCAGACUCAGUGCACGUCCACCCAGCUGGAGGAGCAGCUGCCCUCGGCUGUCCUCUGCCCCGAGCAGCUCGCUCCUGCCCUGCAGCCCGAGCCCAGCGCCAGGGGUGGCGAGAUGCAGAAGUCCCCACGGGGGGCUGCCACCCAGCUCACUGAGGCCGGGGGCCACUCGGGGAAGGACCCCCCCGGCCAGGAGCAGCCGAACAGCCUCGACCCGGCCAAUGGGAAGAGAUCUCCCCACGAGCCCAACCCCGGCGCCUCCCCCCGGAGCCCAGGGAAGAAGAAGCGGAGGUCGGUGGCUGCCAAGGGAAGUGGAUCCCCGAAAGCUCAGGACUCCAAGAGACAGGGGCCCCCCAGCCCCUCGCUGCCCCCUUCCGGGAGCCAGCCGGACAAGGGCCCCAGCCAGGCUCUGGCCGGCCUGGAGGAGGACGGUCCAGGAGCAGAGCCGCCGGCUGGAGUGGCUGGACUGGGAACCAGAGCCAGCCGUGGGGCAGACCCACUGGGCCCACCCUCCUCCCCCAUCCCGGGCCCGAGGCCCUCUCCCCCCACGCCACGUCCGGAGGCAGGACCUGCCCCCCGAGAACGGCCCUUCUCAGAUCUGGCUUCUCCUGCCUCAAAGACAGGGAAUGUGUCUACACCUACCCGGAUUCCGGAAGCAGGAGAAAACUUGUCUACACCUGUCUCCUUCCCUGAGAAGGGAGUGAACUUGUUUGGUGUGGCCUCUGAGGCUGAGUCAGGCCGUGAUCCAUCUAUACCUGUCUCCAAAGAGAAGCUGCGCAGGAAUAAUGAGACCAAUUCAGAAGGCGGCUUCCCCCACACUUCUGUCGCCAAGUCGGAACCCCAGCACCAUCGGUCUACACUUGUUCUCUUCCCUAAGGCAGAGGUACCCAAGGCCCAGCCAAAUGUGAAUAUGUCUACACCUGCUCCCCAGCUCCAGCCAGAAGUGGAUGUGUCUACACCUGACCUGAAGGCCGAGCCAGACAGGAACCGCUCUGCUUCUGCCCCCAGAGCCAGGGCAGACGUGGAUGUGUCUACACCUGACCUGAAGGCCGAGCCAGACAGGAACCCCCCUGUUUCUGCCCCCAGAGCCAGGGCAGAUGUGGAUGUGUCUACACCUGACCUCAAGGUCGAGCCAGACAGGAACCCCUCUGCUUCUGCCCCCAGAGCCAGGGCAGACGUGAAUGUGUCUACACCGGCCCAAGUUACUAAGAGUUUCGAUUCCCUGGCUCCAUGGGAGCCCCAGGGGGAGCCUGAGGAAGGGGCUCCCUUGUGUCCAGGCCCCCUGAGGGCGCCUUCACAGGGAACGGCUCCGGCAGUGCAGUCCCCCAGCAUUGUGGCCCCGAGCCAAGCUCCAAGGAGGAAGAAAGUCCGUUUUUCAGGGGUGUCUAGCUCCCCCCAGGAGGACUCCACCCCAGCCUCUCCAUCAGUGGACAAGGCUGCACCUGAGAGCCCUCGGACUUUGGGCGGGGGCCGGGGGGGCCCCAGAGCCUGGGACGCUGUGGCUGUGGGCUUGCACCCCCAGCCGCGGAUUCUGAAGCACCCGUCCUACCCCUCGGCCUUGGCCAGGGAGUCGGCAGGACCCCGGGAGGACUUUGCCCUGACCCUCCCUGAGGCCUAUGACUACUUUUUCUGUGACACCAUCUUGGAGGAGGAGGAGGAGGAGGAGGAGGAGGAGGACUUCCCGGCCGAUGUGCAGUGGCCUGAGGUGUGUGAAUAUUUUUUCCGGGACAGCCGACUCCACCCCCCAGCACCCGCUCUCCAGGCGCCCACUCGGGGCGCGCCGGUCCCCAUCUCCAUCCCGGAGGCCUACGAACACUUUUUUGGGGAGCAGGGGCCGCUGAGCCCGUCCGACGAGCAGACUCGGGGGCCCGAGCAGGCUCCCCUCCUGGUCCGGCCUGGGGUCCCCACCCCUGGAGAACAAGGCCCACAGAAAGCGGAGGAGCUGGGCCUGAGCGUGAGCCUCGAAGGGGAGCAGAGGGCUCCACUCAUCCCCAUCACCUUUAACCAGAAUGACAUGUGUCUGGGGUUCGUGGCCUUCGCCACGUGGGCCGUGAGGACUUCAGACCUUCAUGCACCAGAUGCCUGGAAAACAGUGUUGCUGGCCAACAUCGGCGCCCUCUCGGCCAUUCGAUACUUCCGGAGACAGGCCGGGGAAGGACGCCCGAACCCGUAGCCUGCAGGCCGGGCCAGCUGGGGCCCAGGAGGGCAGGCCCCAGCCGGGGACGGCUGCCGAGACUCAGGGUUGGAGUGAGGGGCACAGUCCGCCAAGGGGGGCCAGGCUUCUUCAGACCUCUGGUCUGUUCCGGCCACAUUCACACAGCCCUCCCCCCCCCCCAUCUCCCAGCCUCUCUCCUCCCCCAGCCCAGGCCUGGCCCUCAUGUCCAGCCCGGGGCCUGCACAUCCCAGCGGGAGGCCCGGGUCCCGCUGGCGGCCGAGGGCUAAGUUGUAGCACCUGUAGUAAGUCAGACUUCACAAGGUAGAGUGGGGAAGAGGGGGAUGGCCCAGGCUAUCUGCUGAGGAAUGGAUGAGGGGAGCGGGCAGAGGGACCCCCAAGUGAGCCCCACCUGGUUGGAGGCUCCUGAAUGUCUUGGAAGUGGGGCAAGAGACCAUGUGGGAGGUGGGGGGGGCAAGUAGCUGCCGGGGCAAAGCGCAGCCACUUCAGGAAGCCCCUCUGGACUCACUGGUGACAGGCCCUGGAGAUGGGGGGCAUGGGGGCCCCCUCGGGUGGGUUCUGGAGCGGAGAAUGCAGAAGGAAGGGGGUCAGAGGAACACAGCUCCUGCUGCUGGGGACGGGCCGGGCCCACACAAAUUGUGGGAGCACAGUAAGGAUCCCUGGAAGGAGCUGGUGGGAGUGGGACGAUGGCGCAGGGACACUUGGAUGUCAUUUGGAAACCGAGGACUCCCUAAGGAAGGAUGGAGUUUUUGAAGGCAAGGAGACAUGAGUAGGGGGCAGGAGAUGGAGAGGUCAUUUGGCUCUAUAGGCCUGGUGAGGGAUGGGAGGCUCCUGGUCAUUUGGAGAGCGGGAGGGAAGUGGGAGAGGAAUCUGAGAGGGCAGCAGGGAGGUUAAAGGUUAAUGGUCUCACUGGGGGCUCUGAGUCCUUCUGGACUGAGGUCCCUGACAGUUACCUGAGUGUGUAAUGAUGUGUGUGGGGGGGGAGAAGAAUGGACACACAGACAGUGGGUGACAAUAAAUUUUUUUUCUAUUUCUGGGUUGAUGGGUUGAUUUCCCCAGGAUCAGCUCCAUCCCCUUCCCCAGACCUCAUUGUCAGGAUUAUGGCCCAUUACCCAGAAGCCACCCCGUGACACAGGCUGAAUCCAGUGGACAGGAAUCACUCAGGAAGCCCAGAGUCCCUCCUGCCUCUCUGGGAGUGGCUGGGGACAGGGGACUUCCCUGAAGGCAGGCCCUAGAAUCUCUGGCAGAAAAACCAGUCCCCGAUUCUGGAGGUCUCAAUCCUGUCCUGACUUGUUUUAAGGGAAUAUGGGGGAGGGGUCUGUAGUGUCUGUCUAACCUGUCCUUACUUAAUCCUCAGGUCCUAGACAGAGCUGAGAGAAACCAAUGACCCUUUUUUGUUCACAGCUCUUCACUGGCCCCAGGCCCCAAUCUGCAGCCUCCUACUAACUUCAUAGCUCACUGUCCCUUCCAGCCCUCACUGCCC